AGAGAGAGAGAGAGAGAGAGAGAGAGAGAGAGAGAGAGAGAGAGAGAGGUUUCCUCUGAAGAGCAAUGAAUUCUGCAACUUUGACUCUCGCUUUUGUCCUGACAGGGGUAAAUAUUGCCCUCUGCCAGGACAGAGGAAAUCUCUUUCGUAAAAUGGAAGAAGUACUACAAAAACAAGAAGCAGUCUUGAACCAGCUGAAUGAAAUGCGAGAGAGACUCGGACACGUUGAAAAGCAUCUUCAAGGGCUUCAUCAGAGCACAAGAGACUGCCUCCAAAGGGAGGACCUGAAGGACUUGAAUACCAUAUCAGCAGCAGAUGAAUGCUCCGACAAAUUUGGCAAUUUUACCUGUCCCCCUGGGUUUGUCCUGAAUGGUCUGCGUUGUGAAGACGUCGACGAGUGCAGCCAAGGGAAGGCCGAGUGCAGCCUCCACGCAACGUGCAAGAACUCCAUGGGCAGUUACACCUGCUCUUGUAACUCCCCUUUCGAGGGAGAUGGACGAACAUGUGACGUCGAUGAGUGCGCCCAAGGCAUAGACGACUGCAGCCCUCUCGCUACAUGCAAGAACUCCAUUGGGAGUUACAGCUGCUCUUGCAACCCACCUUUCGAGGGAGACGGACAAACCUGUGAGUUCUUCUGCAGAAGACCGGCCAAGGUCAUUGAGGGUUUGGGGUGCGUGAAGCUUGUAGGCGGGAGGACGACCUGGGAAGAGACGAGGGACCUCUGCCAGAAGGAGGGAUGGCGCCUCCUGCAGGACUUCGACUUGGAUAGUCUGCAGGAUGUUCGUCAGUCUUUCCAUUAUUAUGGUCCCUGGAUAGGCGUCCACAACGGGAAGUGGACGCAGACUGGAGCAGCAACUCUGAAAGAAGAGCUUUGGGUGCAGGGUUACCGCAUAGACCCCUCGAAGCGCUGUGGGCUCAUCAUUUGGGACUUGACGUCCUCCUCGUUCAAAGUGACCCAAGGUGACUGUUCCGUUGGGCGUUAUGGCUUCUGCCAAGUGAUCUGAUUGCAGAAGUCAACUCUCAGGAAUCUUCUGCUUGGGAAGAUGGAAAAGGACUUCUGGCAUUGUCCGUUUUGUUCGUUUCUGUAGGACUUUUUCUCCAUCCUUGAAGUGAAUAUUGCUCUGCUAGGGAUGAGUGGGGUCCUUACCAGGUACAUAUAUGCUGUAAUAUUCAUUAUGUUAGAAUUCCCUUCAAAUUGUAAUGGCUUACUUUAUUGCUUUCCACUUAUAUAUACUCUGCUACUUGAACAUGUAUAAUACCAUAUGUAUAUAUAUAUAUA